AUGUCGUCCGCAAACCGUGGUGUGGGCCCUAGCAGCAGAAGCAACAAACGUGCAAGAGAUGAUGAGGACCUCCCUUCCUCAGCGGCGCAUCCGCCGUCCAGCCCAAUGGCCUCCUCCCCUCCCAUGCUUCCCCAAGACGACGAUGCAGACAUGCUUGACGAUGACGACAUCAUUCGCGACGUAGACGACCUCGACGAAGACGCAGAAGAGGCUGAAGGAAUCGAUCUAUUCGCCGACGAUUUUGAAAACGACUACGCAGCUCGAGAGAACGAUGCCUACGAAGGCCAGGGUAUCGAUGAUGAAGGCGAUUACGAAGAGCUUAGUAUUGCCCAAAGGCGGGAACUUGAUGCGCGACUCAAUGCUCGGGACAGAGAGGCAAGACGCCGCAUGCCCGCUGCCUUCCUGCCAGAUGAAGACGAGCAGGAUGGCCUGGCAGGCUUGAUGGGGAUGGGGCGCCGCCGCGUUCGGAGAAAUCGAUACGACGAAGAAGAUGAUAUGGAUAUGACCGACGAUAUCAUGAACGAGGAGUUGACGCUUGAGGCGCUUACCGAUGUAAAAGCCAACACCUUGACGGAUUGGGUGGCCCAACCUCAAGUCGCUAGGACAAUCGCGCGCGAGUUCAAGUCUUUCCUCACAGAAUACACCGACGAGCAAGGUCACUCAGUAUACGGAGCCCGCAUUCGAACCUUGGGUGAGGUCAACGCAGAGUCUUUAGAGGUCUCAUUCGACCACCUUGCCGAACAGAAAGCGACACUAGCUUAUUGGCUCGCCAACACUCCGACUGAGAUGUUGAAAAUCUUCGACCAGGUGGCUAUGGAAGUUGCUCUCCUUCACUACCCGGACUACGAGCGCAUCCACUCCGAGAUUCACGUUCGCAUCACCGACGUACCCGUCCAGUAUACUCUGCGCCAGCUCCGCCAAUCGCAUCUGAACAGUCUAGUCCGUGUCAGUGGAGUUGUCACCCGCCGAAGCGGAGUCUUCCCUCAACUCAAAUACGUCAAGUUUGACUGCACAAAGUGCGGCGUUACUCUCGGUCCCUUCCACCAAGAUUCCAACGUUGAGGUCAAAAUCUCCUUCUGCCAGAACUGCCAAUCGCGUGGACCUUUUACGGUCAACUCCGAGCGUACAGUUUACCGAAACUACCAAAAGCUCACUCUACAAGAGUCUCCCGGUACUGUACCUGCGGGACGUUUGCCUCGUCAUCGUGAGGUCAUCCUUCUUUGGGACCUGAUUGACUCUGCAAAGCCUGGUGAGGAGAUUGAAGUUACUGGUAUCUACCGUAACAACUACGACGCGGCUCUGAACAACAAGAAUGGUUUCCCUGUGUUUGCGACCAUUCUUGAGGCAAACUACGUCGUCAAGUCUCAUGACCAACUCGCUGGCUUCCGGUUGACCGAAGACGACGAGAAGGAGAUUCGGCGACUAUCUAAGGAUCCUCGCAUCGUAGAUAAGAUCAUCAACUCUAUGGCCCCAAGUAUCUACGGGCACACUGAUGUUAAAACCGCUGUAGCACUCUCCCUCUUCGGAGGUGUCAGCAAAGAGGCCGCUGGCCGUCACGCUAUUCGUGGCGACAUCAACGUCUUACUUCUUGGAGAUCCUGGUACCGCCAAGUCCCAGGUCUUGAAAUUCGUCGAAAAGACUGCCCAUCGUGCUGUCUUCGCAACUGGCCAGGGUGCUUCCGCUGUUGGUCUUACCGCGUCCGUUCGUCGUGAUCCCAUGACGAGCGAGUGGACUCUUGAAGGUGGUGCACUCGUACUUGCCGAUAAAGGUACUUGCCUCAUCGACGAGUUUGACAAGAUGAACGACCAGGACCGAACGUCCAUUCACGAGGCAAUGGAGCAACAAACCAUCUCCAUCUCAAAAGCUGGUAUUGUCACAACCCUCCAAGCUCGUUGUUCGAUUGUAGCAGCUGCCAACCCCAUUGGUGGCCGAUACAACUCAACGAUUCCUUUCUCGCAGAACGUUGAGCUUACCGAACCUAUCCUGUCUCGAUUCGAUAUUCUGUGUGUCGUGCGCGAUACUGUUGAUCCAGUGGAGGAUGAGCGUUUAGCCAAGUUCGUGGUGAACUCUCACGGCCGUGCCCACCCUCUUGUCAACUCUGCUUACGGGUACUCUGAUAAGUCAAAGGCGACGCAAAACGGAGAUGACCACAUGGAAGUCGAUGACAAUGCUCCGAAAAAGGAGGGUGAGAUUCCACAAGACCUACUCAGGAAGUAUAUUCUCUACGCGAGGGAGAAAUGCAGACCCAAGCUAUACCAAAUCGAGCAAGACAAGAUUGCCCGUCUCUUUGCAGACAUGCGCCGAGAAUCUAUGGCAACUGGAGCCUAUCCUAUCACCGUCCGUCAUCUCGAAGCUAUUCUGCGUAUUGCAGAGUCUUUCUGUAAGAUGCGUCUCUCCGACUACGUCGCAUCGAUAGACAUCGAUCGCGCCAUUGCUGUUGCAGUUGACUCCUUCGUUGGAUCACAAAAGGUCAGCGCAAAGAAAGCCUUGGCAAGGGCUUUCGCAAAGUAUACUCUGAACAGGCCUGGCGCUGUUGGAGCUCCGACUCGAGGAGGGCGACAGGCGCAAAGAGCAGCGGCUUGA